AUGGCCCCUCUCCCUUCUCACUUCGCGCUGCUGGCGCUUCUGAGCUGCUUCCCUGCAUUCAUUCUCCUCACCAGCGCCGCUCCGAUCGAGGCCAACUCUACCUCUGCCUCGACGUUCAACGCCACAUCCAGCUCGAUUCCCGACUCUACGUCAAAUCCCACGGUUCUCAACUUCACAUCUGCCCCCCAAUCUUCCCAACUCCUCGCCAACACCACCGAGCGCUUCACCGUCCCCUUGAUCUGGGACAACUGCCCAAUAACGUCAGAUCUGCAGGCGAUGACCACACACCUCCGAGACGUCAUCAGCCUCGCUCGAGCCGGAACUAGCCCGGCCUACCGCUCUGACUUCACCAAGCGCUACUUCGGCAGCGUCAGCUACAAGCAGCUCAUCACCACGUUCCAGAACGUCAUCGACUUCAUCCAGGAUGGCCGAGGGGGAACUUUGACUAUUGCGUGCGGCGAAAUCCCCGGAGGAAGAGGUUGUGCCACGCAACGCAACGGACAAGGCGCCUACGCCUACACGAACCCGAUUUUCGCGACACCGACAAUUGUCAUUUGCCGGCCGGACAUGUAUACCAAGCCCACUUUGCAGACCGUGCUCAAGUGGUUGUCGAAAGAGCCAGUCUUCCAACGCGACAUCGAUGUCAUGGCGACCGGGGCCCAGAUCUUGCUGCAUGAAAUGAUGCAUAUUGAUUCCAUUGUGGGGACGACACAAGCUAAUCAUAUUGGAGAUAGGAGACUGGGCGACAAACCCCUCGGCCAGUUUGUGUAUGGCCCGAGACUCUGUGAGCUCUAUGCUAGGACCAGCCGGUAUGCCGCCAGGAACGGUAAGCACAAUCUCGAUAAACAGUUGGCUGAGUAA